AUGAUCUUGCUUUCCAAACCAACAUUCGGAACAUCAUCUACCAUAUCGCCCGCAGAAGGCUUAUUCUGCAUUAGUGAUUGUGAAUCAUGUCCUGUCAUAUGUGCACCCCCACCUCCACCACUAAAAAGCACUGCAAGCCCACCCCCAUCGCCUCCGAAACCACCACCACCUCACCACUCUUCACCGCCUGAGCAAUCUUAUUAUUUUGAAUCCCCACCACCGCCAAAGAAAUCAUCGCCAGCUCCCACAAAAACAUCUCCACCACCUUCUUACAUUGCAUGGGGCGAGAGCCCUGAUUCGCCUUCACCACCUCCACCUCCACCUUCUCCUGAUCUUAACUAUGUGCCUGUCCCGGGUGGACAAGGCACAUUUCCGAGUUAUAAUACAGGGCAAAAGAAUUCCUCAAAUCCGUACUAUUACUUCUAUGCUUCGAAGGGUUGUUUGACUACCCUUGACUUGUCAUUUUUCCUUGUGGUAUUGUUGUUUUCUCAUGCAAUAGUUUGGUGUUGCUGA